AUGCUAGAACCUGAUAUCACUGCCGUUAUUCAAGACUUUCAACCUGAUCCAGUCCGUCCAGAAGACUCAGUGACUCUUCAGUGUUCAGUCCUCUUGAACUCUGAGGACAAACCAUGUCCAGGUGAACACAGUGUGUUCUGGUUCAGAGCCGGAUCAAAUGAAUUUCAUCCCAGUUUAACAUACGCUCACAGAAACCGUGGAGAUGAAUGUGAGAAGAGUCCUGAGGCUUACUCUCCACAGAAAUGUGUUUACAACUUAUCUAAAAUUGUCAGCUACUCUGAUGCUGGGACAUAUUACUGUGCUGUGGCCACAUGUGGGGAGAUAAUAUUAUUGGGAAAUGGAACAAAACUGGCAGUUGAAGCAGCCAACAUGUCAUCCGGAGAAUGUCAGCGGGCCAAUACUAUUCUGUCUCUGUUGUCUGCUGCUUUGGUUACAAGUGUGAUGGUUAUAGCCUUACUGGUAUACACCAUCAAGAAAAACAAGUUCAAUUAUUGUGAUGCUGCUACUGUGGUCCUGCAAACAAAUGCAACAUCUACUGGUGAUCAACAAAGUCAGCAAGGAGAUGAAGACUCAUUAGUUUAUUCUGUGCCAAACUUCACCAGAGGGAAAGCUGGCAGGAGUGUCAAGAGAGAUGCAACGACAGUCGACGGCGAGAGCAUCUACACUGAUGUCAGGGUUUUGGGGUAGGAACAGCAUUGCUUGAUUGGUACAUGUCCUGUUAUAUGGCAAAUACUUUCCCUGGAGUGACAUAAAAAUGUCCGUUACUGUAUAUGUUUAAACCAGAUCUUUAUGUCUACUGACUUUUAUGUUAUCUUACAUUUUAAGUCAAUAUGGAUGUGCUAUGUAUGAUACACUGAUGUGCUUUUUUGCAAGGUUAAAUUAGUUAAAGUGUUUCCUACACAUUCUUUCUCUUCUUGAAGUCAUAGAAAGUUUAACCUUGUGGAAAAUGUAUGUUAAGCUUCUUAUUUUACAAAAGGCAAGAUGUGAACAUUGUUGGAAAAAUUACUAUAACUGGAUUAAAGAAUUGAUCCCUUACCUGACUUUUUCCAUUUUGCGUUACUUUAUAUUUCUACUCCACUACAUUUUAGUCAAAUACUGUACUUCUUACAACAUUACAUU